AGGGUUCAGUUGAUCCAGUGGGACGCUUUUGAGUGCUGCACCUCCAACAUGGACGCGACUGUAACGGAACAUGCCAAGUUGAAGUGAAUAACGGCCGUUUGCGCAGGCAGCUCUGAAAUCUGCAGGGGGAGAAGAUGUUCUGCCAGAGGCUGCGACUGUGGCUGCAGCCUGGGACUUGGGUGUGCGUCAUGUCCCAGAAGAGCGCCCAUAAACUGGCCUCUAUCCAGAAAGCCUCAGUGCUUCCUCAGAAGAAACUCCAAGCGUUACUUUACCCCUUCAGCGGCCUGGAGGCUUACCUGGACAGGUCUGUGGACAGGACGCCAUUCCAGCUGUUUCAGCCCAGUUUGGAGAACAUGGUCAAAGCGGAGAAGCUCUUCUACACAUCGCCGUCUCAUAAGAUCGAUUACCACACCUCGGCAACGAGAACAGAUCACGCACCCAUGCUGAAACAGCCCGAGGUGUGUUUUAUCGGCAGGAGCAAUGUUGGCAAGUCGUCUCUCAUCAAAGCUCUGUUCUCCCUGACUCCUGAGGUGGAAGUCCGAGUCUCCAAAACUCCAGGUCACACGAAGAAGAUGAACUUCUUCACAGUGGGCAAGGCUUUCACCAUUGUGGACAUGCCUGGAUAUGGACACAGAGCACCCAAAGACUUUGUGGACAUGGUAGAACCCUACCUUUGCACCAGGAAAAAUCUGGUGAGGACAUUCUUACUGGUUGAUGGCAGUGUUGGUCUGCAGAAGGCUGACCUGAUUGCCCUGGAAAUGUGUGAGGAGAUCAGCCGUCCUUAUGUGGUGGUGGUGACUAAGAUUGAUAAGUGCGGGCACGGCACGCUGUUGACGAACCUCCUGAAUCUUCAGGAAGUCAUGAAAACACAAACCACGACCUGCUUCCCCCAGCCGCUGCUGGUUAGCUCCCUCCAGUUUUUGGGGAUCUACCUUCUGAGAUGCUUCAUUGCCCAUGUAACAGGCAGCAUUCAGUUAUCAGACACGUCUCAGAGAUGACCAGAGGACAGCUUAGUCCCACUGAGUGGGACGAGCACAUGGUGAAAGCAGUCAUACAUCACUUAUUAAGAUUGGACUUUUUUCAGAAAAGGAAGUCUCUGAAGACUCCACAGCACUCACGGACAUUUCACACAUUUUUAUUUAGAAUAAUGUGGUGCACAACUUCCAAGUAGAAAAGCUUUAAAAUAUAUGUACCAAUAUAUGUACCAAGCAGGACUCAGAUACUUUCUCAUGUAUUACAUGGGGAGGAAACAAGAAAAAAAAUAAUAGAAAAUGUUUUGGUUUUUUUUUUCACUUUUUUCUUCCCCUACAUAAUGAAUAUCAAAAUGAUCA